AUGUUGGUAUGCACCAUCCCCGCUCAGAUCUGGGUUGACCAGUGGGGUCGGCGCAAGCCGUUGAUCUAUGGAGGGGCUCUGAUGGCAGUCUGCUUCCUUAUUAUCGGCUCACUCUACGCUCGAUACGGCCAUACAACUUCGGAUGAAGUACGCCUUGACUCGGACUCUGCUCAAUGGGUUGUGAUCGUUCUGAUCUAUAUUUUCGUGGCCAACUUCUCGUGGUCGUGGGCAGUGGUUGGGAAGAUCUAUGCGUCGGAAAUUAUCCCGACGAGGCUCCGGGCAAAGGUUUGCGCUGUCGAGCUUGUUGCCAACUGGGUAGUGAACUUCAUCGUCACCUUUACAGCACCGUUAUUCUUGCAAUCCUCGUCAAGUGGGCCAUACUUCCUGUACGGAUUCUCGACGGUGGUAGCAGUGGUCGUCUGUGUUCUGAUGCCGGAGACCAAGGGCCAUAGCCUGGAGUAUAUUGAGAGAUUGUUUGAGAACAAAGAAAGUCAUGAAGAGUCGAGGCCUUCGAUUCUGUCGGGAUCGGCAUGA